GACUUUUCGCGCGCUGUGGCGUAGUCAAGCGUCACGGCGAUGACGAUCAGAUCAGAACCCGGCCCCAAGCUUGCGCUCAGUGGCGGCGGGGCACAUCACAUCCAUCCGGCCCAUGUGGUUCUCGUGGAGUCGUGGGCUUCUAUUAGCCAAUAUAGGUCUAGCCUGCUCCCAAAACUUAACAGUCCGUAUAUUCCGCUCAUAAUUCCUCACCGGCCUGCCUCAGAGAGAGAAAAAGCGGAGAUUAGCGGCGGCGAUGGCACUCCCGGCGUCGAGCUCCGGCCUCUUCCGCUUCGUCUCCCCGCGCAGCCGCCCCCAAUCCACCGACAUCGUGGCUGCCGCCUCCUGGGGAGUCUUCGCCGGCACCGCCGGCCUCUACCUCGUCCAGACAAAGAAGGGAAAAAGACUGGUGGAACAAGGAAGCCGCAGAAUUCGAAAGAUAACAAGUGAUAUCUACAGCAAGGCCCAUGGUUGGAAGCCGGUUGACAGGCGUCUCCAGUGACAUUUUGCUGCUGAUAAUACAUCUUUUGCUUCUGGAUGUAUUCAGUUUGUCUGCUUUUGGUAGAUAAAAACUAGCUUUUAGUCAUUUCUGGUGAUGCGAUGUUCCUGGCUGCUUUUGGGAUCUAUCCUUUGUAGAUAUUCAGUGAUGUCUGUUAGACUGUCGGACUUCUUCUGGUUUGCUGUGUUCCUUCAGUUGGGUUUCAUACCCCUGUGUAGCUGAUAAUGUGGUAGGCUUAUCGGCUUGUGACUGUUGGAUUUGUCGUGAAUUCUGUAAGAACUGUGUUUGGUUUCUAUUUCUUAAUGAAAUAGGGGUAUCCCAUUGUCAAAAAAAUAAGUUGGACCAGGAUUAUACAGUAGACUGUAGUUUAUGGAAGUACACCGAUUUCUGCUAUCACAUGGUAGAAUGUAGAAAUCUAACAUAAUUCUGACUAAUGGUUAAAUUCGUAACACAUUGGUAUUGUAAUAUAAGUUCUUAGUUAACCUACGUGGUCAUGUGGUGGCAUCAUUUUGCUUUCACCUUCAUCUAUUUUUUUUUGGUGGGUGCCUUGAUUUGCAUCACCUGGUUCUUUUUAUAGCCACGUUAAAUCUUGUGCUGCAAUGCUCUUGUUUGAGGAACUUAUUGAGGGUAUUUGGAGAAAUAAGAAUAUGUGUUUUUAUAAUGAAAAUUAAGUGCUCAUGUAGGUCUCACCAACAGGUUGUCUUUAUUCCUGAUAAUGCAUGUGUUACGGUAGGUGAUUUGGGUUUGUAAUGAUGUUUCCCUUCUUUUAGCGAUCUAAUAACUCUUAUCUCCCUCUCAACUUAUUGGCUGGAGACAUGUGAUUUGGCCUGAAACUACCAUUUGACGUUACUCUAUUUAAUACAUUCUUUUGGAUCAAUGGAUUCUGAAACUCUUUUUGGACUUAACUGUUUUGCAGCCAUUUGACUGGAUUAAGAAAACUUUCUUCGAGAAACCACCCCAACCAGAGGCAUAAAAGGCUUGCAAGUCUGCAACUUUGGUACUUCACUUUUAUCCGGAAUGGUUCCUGACUGAAGAGAACUUGGAUAACUCAGCAAAUAAUACGAGACCCCCUCGUGUUUCCUUGUUUGUUUUUUAUUAUUCAGAUGUAGGCAAUCCCCACGAGGGAGACAGGGAACAGAGAAACUGCUUGGUUCACCUGUGUCUAUAUAAUACUCCUGUGUUAUCCAACAUGCAUGUUUUAAAACCUGUGGCAAAUAUAUCUUGCUGAUUAAUAUUGGACUAUGAUGUCA